AAAAACCAUUGCAGCUCCAACCAUCAGGAUGGCCGAGAUGGACGUGGACGCGGAGCUCGCGCUCCUCCUCAAGGAGCAGGAGCAGUUCAUGCAGGGCGGCAAGGUCUCGUCCGUGAAGCUGCACACCAAGCCCAAGCCGGCGCCCGCAGCGGCGAACGCACCGCCGACACUUGCGUCGUCGGUCAUGCGCGGAGCGGUGCUCGAGCGGUCGGCGCCGGUCACGCGCCCGAUGACGACGAUCGUCGGAACCGCACAAGGCUUUCCGUCGACGAAGAAGCAGAGUGUCUUUGGCCGUCGGCGCCAAGAAGCGGCGAAAGCGCAGGCGCCGCCAUUGCGUUCGUCCAGCGCGAUUCCGUCCGACAUCCAAGCCGACAACGACAGCGCGAUCGCCAACAUGUCGCUCGACGAGAUCAAGUCGGCGCAGGAUGAGCUGCAUGCGUCCUUGUCGCCCGAAGUCCUCGCCAUGUUCCGCAACCGCGCCAAGGCCAAAGCUCCUGCCGCUGCACCUGUUGCGGCUCCCGUCGUUGCACCGCCCGUCGCCGCGACGCCUCACGUGCAGCGACCGCUGCCUCGCAUCUCGAACGACGCCGAGCUCGCGUCGGCCGUGCAAAGCCUUCCGGACGAAGAGCGAGCCAAGCACGAAUGGAUGACGUCGCUGCCACCGACCACGUCGUCGUCGUCAUCCUCGUCCUCGACGGCGGUGCGCGUCGACUUUAACGGACUCGUUUUGCCUGCCACAGAUGAGCUCUUGCCGCCGUCCCACUCGGGCUUGUACCACCACGGCGACGACCCAGACCGCCCCGGGUACACGAUUGAGGAGCUUCUCUUGCUCGCACGGUCGACGGUCGCGUCGCAGCGCGUCGUUGCCUGCAGCGUGCUCGGCAAAGUCCUGCAACAGCCGUCCGAAGACAGAGCGGUUGCCGUGGGUCCGAUCGCCCUCGCCCUGCGGCACGCCCUCGACGACGCCAACCAGUCGGUGCUUACGGCUGGCAUCAACGCACUGCACGCGGCCCUGGUGCGGUUUGACGUCCUGUCCGUCCAGCCAACCAGCGUGGCCAUGACGCCAGUCGACCGUCAUGGGAAGCUGCACGUCGUACGGUACCUCCAGCCGACGGCCAAGAAAGACAGUGACGAUGCCGACGACGGUGACAAGGACCCCGACGACAUACCGAUGGAGCUCAAGGAGCUCGCGGCCGCCGACGCCAUCCAAGCCCUGCUCAAGACACACUUGCCGUUCCGCUUGCGCCACUUGCUGGCGCUGCCGUCACUGCAGGGAACUCGGAGCCACGACCAAGUGCUCGACUUGUGCAUUGCUCUCGCGAUGCACUCGCGCCGGUACACGCGGACCUUGGGCUCAAAGCUGUAG